AGGAUGUUCGCCGCGGCGAGUGAGACUGAGGGUCACAGGCACCUGAAUUUCCGUUUCCGGUUCGUCUCCGGCGCCAUGGCGACCACUAGCGGACCGAGGUAUCUAUGGACUUUAGGCAGAUGGCGCCGUGGUCUUGGUGUAGCUUCCCCGUCCCGGGCUCUCGCCGCCCUUGUGCCCGGCGUAUCUCAGGUGGAUAACAAGUCUGAUUUUCUGGGGAAGAGGCCCCAUCGCCGGCACCCUGGCAUCAUGCAGCUGCCGCGCUUGAGGCUGCCCCAAGCGCUGACUGACACCGCGCAGUUACUGCUGCUCAAAUGCUCAAUGCCCAAUGUGGAGAAGCAGGUGCAAGCACUGACCAAUUAUCUCUGGAGCCGACAUUUACCAAUAGAGCCAGAGGAGUUACAAAGACGGGCUGUACAUCUUGAGAAAAAAUUCCUGGAAAACACAGACUUAUCUCAGACAGAGGAGAAACUUCGUAAAGCAGUGCUGCAUGCCAUGCGUAAAACUACCUACCAUUGGCAAGAACUGAGCUACAAUGAGGGACUCAGCCUGGUGUAUAUGGCAGCAAGACUGGAUGGUGGCUUUGCAGCAGUCUCCAGAGCAUUCCAUGAGAUCCAGACUCGAAUUCCAGAGUUCCAACCACAAACCUUGAUGGACUUCGGGUCAGGUACUGGUUCUGUCACCUGGGCCGCUCAUAGUAUUUGGGGCCAGAGCCUACGUGAAUAUAUGUGUGUGGACAGUUCACCUGCCAUGUUGGAUUUGGCAGAAAAGCUACUGAAAGGUGGUUCAGAAUCCGGGGAGCCUUAUGUUCCAGGUGUCUUUUUCAGACAGUUUCUACCUGUGUCACCCAAGGUACAGUUCAGUGUGGUGGUAUCAGCCUUUUCCCUAAGUGAGCUGCCCAGCAAAGCUGUCCGCACUGAAGUAGUCCAAACCUUGUGGCGCAAGACAAGUGAUUUUCUAAUACUGGUAGAAAAUGGUACAAAAGCAGGGCACCACCUUCUCAUGGAAGCCAGGGACCUGGUCCUUAAGGUAAAAGUCUUUCCCUUCUCCCUCCUCCCCUGCCACUGCCAACCACCACCACUACCUCUGUCACCAAUUACUGGUACUCCCUUGAAAACUGAAAAGACUGUCAUACAAUGGUAAGGGUGACUCAGGAUAGUAGACAUGUAAAGUCAUUAUAAUAUAGGGUAGUGAUUGGCAAACUAGAGCCUGUGGAUCAAAUCUGGCCUGCCACUUGUGUCUGUAUGAGCCAGGCUUAUCCGAGUGUCUGUUGUGUAUGGCUACUUUCACAGUACAAAUGGCAGUUGAAUAGCUGGGACAGAUACAUAUUUUGCCUACUCUCUGGGCCUUUUAAAAAA